AAAAUUAUAGCCCAGUCUGUUUGGGCUCUCAUACGCGGCCUCUGCUCUACUCCCACUUGCAGGCGACACAAGGCAGAAGCAACCUCAGUUAGCAGUGUUGAUGGUGGAUGGAACUUAUGCCAGUAAAAAUGAACUUCGCUUUUUAAUUUGGAGAAACUGGAAUAGUUUUAUUAAGCUGAAGAUCAAAUUACCAUGGAAGUCAUGGAGAUAUGCAACGCGUCUAAGAUGGAAUUGAAAACUGGUUUCAGCAAUGAGCGGGCGAAGUGAAUUGGAUUGAGUCCCCCUGGAGAAUGAGCUGUUGAAGUUUUGCUUGCUUGUGUUGGAAUUUCAAUUUGUUUCGCUUUUUACUGUCGACUGGUGGAAUGGCCGCAUCAUCGCCGUCGUCGUCGUCUUCGUCAAUGAUAAGGACAUGGAGAACGGCAUUUCUGACGCUGCGGGAUGAAACCCUAGCCAGCAGUCCAAAAUCAGAAUCAAAGUCAAUCGGAGAACUUCUUCACAAUCUUAUCUUCUCCCAUUCCCACUCUCUUAUAUCUGCCGCUCCCGACCUUCCUUCUCACGAGGUAACGUCUGAUUUGUCGUUCCUGCUGGAAUUGGCUGCUAAUUCGUUUCAGUAUGGUGGACAAGAUUUGGACUCCAUUUUUUCUCACAUUUCUCACUUGAUGCAUGAGAUAUGCCAUUGUCAACGGGUUUCUCUUCAAAUAAAUUCUUCGUCUUGGACUCUUAUUCUGAAUUCCUCCUCAACGAUACUGCAAUUCUUCAUCCGCAAAGCGUCAAUCGCGCCUCUUUUUAGUUCUAAUACUGCUACUGUUAAACCCGCCAUGGAAUGCAUAGAAACUGUAAGGCAUCUCGUUAAUGUGCAUCACCAAAAAUUUUCUCUAUUGGAUAAUAUUCAAUUUGUGAAAUUCCUUCUCUGCAUUGUGGAAUGCUCUCAUGCACAGUUGAUUAACUCAUGUAAUACAAGUGCCGAACUAAGGUCUGCUGCAGCAACUGGAAAGAGGUUAUCUAAGUACUGUAGUUUAUGGGAGGUUCGGACUGUUGUAUUUACUCUGCUUGGUGGAGCAUUUGUAAGAGUUGGAUCUUCUCUUCCUGCUGACAUAUGGCAAUCCACAAUAAAAGUGCUUAGGAAAGUAAUGGAUGCCUUGGCAUCUAAAAGUUCGCUUGUUGAAGACUUUGUUAUGUCCAGGUUUUAUGCUUCUCUUCUUAAUAGUCUGCACUUGGUUCUUAUGGAUCCUAAAGAUUCUCUUCUUGACCAUGUGUCUAGUUUUGUGGCAACACUACGGAUGUUCUUUGUUUAUGGCCUUACCAGUAGAACAGAAUUUUCUUUUCUGUCCAGUAGUCAUAAGGAAAAGGAACUUAGUGAAAUGCACCUUAAAUUGACUUUAAAAGAAUCUAGGAGAAAAGAUCAUGCUCCAUAUAGGCCUCCACACUUGCGCAAAAAGGAAAACAUAAAUAUGAAGCAGCCAAGAACUCUGGAUUCUUUGUGCAUCUAUGAUCAUGAAUCUUCUGCCACUGAGUUUGUGUCAUCAGAUUCAGAUUGUAGUGACAGUGAUGGAUCAGUGAAAGACAUUGAAAGCAUUCAAAGCUCUAAGGUUAGAGUUGCUGCCAUUGUUUGCAUACAGGGUAAGGAUCUUUGUCAAGCUGAUCGCAAAUCAUUUACUACCCAGUGGACAAUACUGUUACCAACCAAUGAUGUACUGCAACCAAGAAAGUUUGAGGCAACGCUAAUGACAUGUUUGCUAUUUGACCCUUAUUUAAAGGCACGGAUUGCAUCUGCCUCAACCCUGGCAGUUAUGUUGGAUGGGCCUUCAUCUGUUUUUCUGCAAGUAGCUGAAUACAAGGAAUCUACUAGAUGCGGAUCUUUCAUGGCACUUUCAAGUUCCCUUGGGCUAAUACUGAUGCAACUUCAUACUGGUGUUCUGUACUUGAUCCAGCAUGAAACUUGCAGUAGAAUGCUUCCAUCUUUGUUCAAGAUUCUCAUGCUCUUGAUAUCAUCUACACCAUAUUCAAGAAUGCCUGGCGAAUUGUUACCAACAGUAAUCACUUCUCUGUUAUCAAGGACCGAAAAUGGAUUCCCUUUCAAAAGUGAUCAAACUAGUUUGCUGGCUACUACUAUUAAUUGCUUGAUGGCAGCUCUAUCUACCUCACCUCCAUCACCACAUGUCAAAGAAAUGCUAUUAGAAGAGAUAUCAGCAGGUGGUGUUGAGGCAGGUGGUGUUGAGUCUAAAAAGAGUUCAGGUGUUCUUUCUACACUAUAUCGAUAUUCUGAGCACCUAACAAGCUCAACCAUAUGCUUUGAAGCUCUCCAGGCCCUUAGAGCUGUUAUACACAAUUACCCAAACAUAGCAUUUGCAUGCUGGGAACAAAUUUCCAUCAUAUUCUCCAAAAUUGUGAAAUUUGCUACUCCAGAAGUUCCUGUAAGGGCAUGGAAGGGACAUAUGGGAGAAAAUGUUGGGUUUAAUGGGGAAAAAGUCAAGACUGCUGCUGUAAAGGUUUUGGAUGAGUGUCUUCGUGCAAUAUCUGGAUUUAAAGGAACUGAAGAUCUUUUGGAUGAUAAAUUAUUGGAUACCUCAUUUGUAUCUGAUUGCAUAAGGAUGAAGAAAGUAUCAUCAGCACCAUCAUAUGAACCAGAAAGUGCAGAAGAUACCAAUGGAGAACCAAAGAAAUUUGAGUUGGGAAUUGAGCAUUGGUCUAUAACAAUAAAGAAUCACAUACCUCUGAUAAUGUGGCAUUCUUCUGCCAUGGUGAGAACUGCAUCUCUGACUUGUUUCGCGGGCAUUACUUCUUCUGUAUUCAUCUCUCUCUCAAAGGAGAAACAGGAGUUUGUUGUUUCUUCUUUGAUCAAUGCUGCUGUAGAUGAUGAGGUUCCUUCAGUUAGGUCAGCUGCUUGUCGAGCUAUUGGUGUCAUCUCUUGUUUUCCACAAAUAUCUCACAGCGCAGAGAUUCUUGCCAAGUUUAUCCACGCGAUUGAGAUCAACACUCAUGAUCCCUUGGCUAUGGUGCGAAUAACAUCUUCAUGGGCUUUUGCAAACAUUUGUGAUUCUCUACGUCACUGUAUCAAUGAUUUUCCUUUAGACAAGUUGUCAGAUUCAAAUGCAAACACUCAAUUAAUGGAAUUCUUAGCUGAUUGUGCUUUGCGUCUAACGAAAGAUGGUGACAAGAUCAAAUCCAAUGCUGUGAGAGCUCUUGGAAACCUUUCCAGGUUUAUCAGAUACACUGGUGGCAAACAUGGUAAGCCUACGGAUUCUCUGGACUUAUCAAACAACAUUAGGGUGUUGCCAGCAAGCAGUAAUCUGCAUUGUGGUCUAGGAUGCAAAUCAAAAUCUUCUUCAUCAGGAGAUCUACUUUUGCUGGAGAGAAUGGUUCAAGCAUUCCUUUCUUGUGUUAUGACUGGGAAUGUUAAGGUCCAAUGGAAUGUUUGUCAUGCACUGAGCAAUCUAUUUCUAAAUGAGACAUUAAGACUGCAAGAUAUGGAUUGGGCUCCAUCUGUUUUUAGUGUUCUUCUAUUACUGCUACGUGAUUCUUCAAACUUUAAGAUCAGGAUACAAGCUGCUGCUGCGUUGGCUGUGCCAGCUUCGGUGCAUGGCUAUGGUAUAUCCUUCUCAGAUGUUGUCCAAGGUCUGGAGCAUAUAAUUGAAAAUCUAGCUUCAGACCAAAUAUAUGCGCCAUCUAGUUUCAAAUACAGGGUUGCACUUGAUAAGCAGAUAACAUCAACCAUGUUGCAUGUGCUUAGCUUUGCUUCAAACACUGAUCACCAACCUUUGAAAGAUUUCCUUGUGAAGAAAGCCUCAUUUCUGGAGGAUUGGUUAAAGGGUUUAUGCUCUACGCUGGGGGAGACUAGUAGCCCUGAGACUGGAAGCCAAAAGAAACAGGUGAUAUCCAAGGCAAUUCAUUCACUCAUUGAAGUGUAUGAGAGCAACAAUCAUCGUGCAAUUGCACAGAAAUUUGAGAAAUUGAACAAUAGCAUGCAGUGAAUGACAAAAUUGUCCUUUAGUUGUUUGUGUAUAUUUCGCAUUGUUGGAUUGAAUAUUUUUACUCUUCCAAUCCAUGGUACAUGAGUCCUCAAAUGGAAAUUGAGGGCGGUAUAUCUGUUGGUGACAAUGGACCUUGGUUAUCGCAUUGUAUUCAUUGAAGUUGGGAGUGCAAUAUAGUCUUUUGGCUCCCUGCUCUGUAUCUUCGAAUAGCGCAUCACGUGUUGACAGUUCUGAGAGAUUCGUCCAUUUAUCCAUUUGGAAAGGACUUUAUCUUGACAAGUGAAUCUUAGAAUUUUACUCUUCUUUUUGACCGCAUUGUUGAUAGAACGAGAACAUUCUUUAUUCAAAGGGAAAAUUAUUAUGUGCUUCCUGAGCAUGUAUAUCUUUAUUCACAUUGAUGUGUGUUUCACUUUUUAUAAUUUGUGGAAAAACUGAAUUUGUAUUA